UUCAAAACUGUGCUUUUUUAGCUGCCAAGCAAUAAACCUGACAUACAAAGAGGAGGAAGAAAUGGUGGGCAUGGAAAGACUACACCGGAUGUUCGCCGGCGCCGGCGGAGCCCUUGGCCAUCCGCCACCGGACUCCCCCACCCUCGACUCAUCUGAACAAGUCUACAUCUCAUCUCUUGCCCUCCUCAAAAUGCUCAAACACGGUAGGGCGGGGGUGCCGAUGGAAGUGAUGGGGCUGAUGCUGGGGGAGUUUGUGGACGAGUAUACGGUGCGUGUGGUUGACGUUUUCGCGAUGCCCCAAAGUGGAACUGGGGUCAGUGUUGAGGCCGUGGAUCAUGUUUUCCAGACUAAUAUGCUUGACAUGCUCAAGCAAACUGGAAGACCUGAGAUGGUUGUUGGUUGGUACCACUCACAUCCUGGUUUUGGAUGCUGGCUUUCUGGUGUUGACAUUAACACUCAGCAGAGUUUUGAGGCUUUAAAUCAGAGGGCAGUAGCAGUGGUGGUGGAUCCAAUUCAAAGUGUCAAAGGAAAGGUGGUAAUUGAUGCCUUCCGUCUGAUUAACCCCCAAACCAUGAUGCUUGGUCAGGAGCCACGGCAAACAACAUCCAACCUAGGGCAUCUUAAUAAACCAUCUAUUCAGGCUUUAAUUCAUGGGUUAAACAGGCAUUAUUAUUCCAUUGCCAUAAAUUAUCGGAAGAAUGAACUUGAGGAGAAGAUGCUCCUGAAUCUUCACAAGAAAAAAUGGACAGAUGGACUGACACUUCAGCGUUUUGAUGCGCACUCCAAAACAAAUGAGCAGACUGUCCAGGAGAUGCUAAAUCUAGCUAUCAAAUAUAAUAAAGCAGUCCAGGAGGAAGAUGAGUUGCCACCAGAAAAACUGGCUAUUGCUAAUGUGGGGAAACAGGACGCUAAAAAGCAUCUUGAGGAACAUGUCUCAAACUUGAUGUCUUCAAACAUUGUUCAAACACUGGGGACGAUGCUGGAUACCGUUGUCUUCUAGAUUUGGAGUUGAGAGCAUAGGAAAUAGUUGUUUAACAUAUGGCGUCUGCUCACUUUCAUUCGAAACUAUCUUUUAUAUGGUUUCUGAUUUUACUUUGCUGUCAACUUCCUCAUUUGUAUUCAUAUGGGAUGAAUGAUAUUUACCUUUGCACUUUUGUUCCAACCAUUUUGUUGACCCUGAA